AUGAAGAGAGGAGCGGCCACGCCGAGCCCGAACAGCGGAAAGGGCAAGGGGACGCCGGCGAAGAAGAAGACCACACACCAGAGCCCAUCCGCUGCCGUGGCCAAGAAGACACCCACCAAGCCACCAGCACCGGCCAAAUCGCCAAAAUCGGCCCAGAAAUCGAAUGCUGGCAAUGGCAACGAUUCGAAGCAGGGCAGCGGGGGCGGAGGGCGCAGGAAGUCGAGGGGAGGAGAUGAGGCGGAAUGGAAGGUGAAGGAAUUCGACGGCCAAAGCAACAACGCUGCAGAUCAGGCGGAGGAGGAGAAUCGGCUGCGGCUCGAGAUUCAGAAAUUGUUCGCCAAGGAGGGAUUCAAAUCUCAACCCCUUCCUGCAUCAUCGUCUACUUCGUCCGGCGCCUCAUCGGCCAAGGCUUCGUCUAACGGUCGAACCACGGCAGCGAAGGGACAAGACAAAGGCAAGAGCAAAACAGCUCCCAUCUCGGAGGAUGAAGAAGAAGAUGAUGGAGAUGAAGACGGUCAAAUCGCUGACGGUGGAGAUGAAGAUGAGAUUGAGUGGGACGAAGAGGUGGAAUGGGACGAAGAAGUGGAUGAUGAAGACGGGUGGGAGGAGCUGAGCGACGAUUUUGACGAGGAUGGCGACGACGAUGAAGGCGAACCUCUCGCAUUCGAAGACGCCGAGAACGAGAGCGAGGACGGCGAAGAGGACGAGGAUGAAGACGAGGACGAGAUGGACGUGACCAACGAGAACGACGCCAGCGCUGUGGACGACGCAUCGAUGGACAGCGAAAGCGAAAGCGAAAGCGAGCAGUCCCAGGAGAAGUCGCAGUCGCGAGGACCGAUGGCCGAGGCACUCGACGCGCUGGAGGCGACGCUGACUCACACUCACAAGCUUCUCGCUGAGCAGGAAAAGCGUGGCGACCUGCGCAAGGUGAUGGGCACGAAGACGUCCAUGGCGCAAAAGGAAUCCUUCCUGGCCCAGAUGGCCAAGCUCUCUCUUCACACCGUCAAGACCAUCGACAAGGCCCUGCAGCUCAAGCAGGACGUGCACCGCGCUCUCGUCGACGCCCACAACCUGCCAAAGACGCCCAGCGAGCUCAUGCCGCCAUUCGAAGAUGCGCUGGACAUUCUCUUCCAGGACUUGCGUAAGGACGCCAACUCGCAGGGCUUCGUGGAGAACGAGGAGAAGUGGGUGCAGUCCGGACUGUGGUUCCGCGUCAACAAGGAGAGCCAGAAGGCGUGGACGGUCUACGCCAGUGCCACCAACCAGCUGACGGAGCUGGACGACGAGGCUGCGCAGCAGGACGAGAAGAAGAAGAAGAAGAAGUUCAAGAGAGCCAAAAAGAACAGCGACGACGAAGAUGGAGAUGAAGACAGCGACGAAGAGGAUGAGGAGCUCACGUUCGAGCAGGUCUACAUGCAGCAGAUCACCGAGGCCCUGGCCGACGAGCUGGACGAGCUCAAGGAGCGGGAGAAGAUCGAGGACGAGACCAAGGUCACGCAGCUGGUCGACUGUCUGCAGCUGGGCAUGGACUUCUACUCCGACCUCGAGAAGGACCUCAGCGUCCAGGGCUGGAAGCGAAAGAACACCAAUGGCAACAACACCAACAACGGCAAGAAGGGCCUCCACCAGGCCCUCCAGGAGCUCUACUAG